GGGCUGAAGGGCACCGGAGGUCUCUGGUCGGAAUAUUCGGUCGUCAGGAGGAAUAAACAGCGAUGUAAAAGUUAAACUCGAGCCCCCUGGGGUUGAUGGAUCAGCCGAAUCACCGUGAACUCCUCUUCAGAGCUUAUCUGAUGAGUGGCCGUCUGACAUCAGUCUGUAAUUAGCGCUGUGUAACGGGUUAUUGUACCGCUGUCUUUUCUGAAUCUUCAGGCUCAACUCGAGAUGUUCGGUAAACGGGGCUCAGUUUCCUCUCCGCGUAUAAAAGUUCUCAGACGGCUGCAUUUAGCGAAAAAACUGUGCAAAUAGUUUCGUCCAUGUCGAAGGAGUGUUUUAGCAGUGAAGUCGUUUUAAUUAAUUCACAAAGGCCAGGAUUAAAUGUCUUAUCCAUAAAGGCGGGUUUACCCGGACACAGAAACGGUGAAACCGACCGACACGGACGGCGGUGAGCAUGCCUUUAGCGGCCGGCGGAGAGUAGCGGAGGUCGGCGACGCUUUACGGCUCGUGUCGGUCUACUCAAUAAACCAGAAAUGAAGGAAAAGUCCAAGAACGCCGCGAAGACACGAAGAGAAAAGGAAAAUGGUGAAUUUUACGAGCUGGCCAAGCUGCUGCCGCUCCCCUCCGCCAUCACCUCUCAGCUGGACAAGGCGUCCAUCAUCCGGCUGACCACCAGCUACCUGAAGAUGCGCGCCGUCUUCCCCGAUGGUCUGGGAGAGGCCUGGGGUCAGUCUGCGCGGGUCAGUCCUCUGGACAUCAUGGCUAAAGAUCUGGGCUCUCACCUGCUGCAGACGCUGGACGGGUUUGUGUUUGUCGUCGCGUCUGACGGUAAAAUAUUGUACAUUUCAGAGACCGCUUCAGUACACCUGGGCCUGUCACAGAACACACACGUGUUCCUCAACACAUCUGCAUCACUCUUGUUUUUGAGUACGACACUGGACACGGAGCGCUGAAGUGUGUGUGUGUUCUGUCUGCUCCUCCACUGCAGCUGGU